ACGGCAGCACAGAUUUUGCCCCCCGCGCGACGGUCUGGCGGCAGCGUUGAACACGGAGAAAGCGCGAGAGAGGUGCUGAUUGCCACGGCGGGCGGUCCUUGCAAAAGCAGCAGCAGCGAUGCACCAUUUGGCUGUCUUGCUGUGCCCUCAGGCUUGCACCAUCCAGCCCUCGCGUCGCCGCGCACCGCGAGAGCGAUUGUGGAGUGCACGAGUGACGCUGGACCGCCACCAAACAACUGCUGCAACCGAGAACUAUGAAAGGAGACAUGUCCGCGAGACGCACUCGAGACGAGCCCUACAGCCUAUUGGAACCGACCGCCGCACGCAGGUGAUCAAAACAAGAUGCAGUCCCUCAUCGUCGCCCUCGCCCUCACGGCCUCGAACGCGCUCGUCGCCAAGACGCUGCCCGCGGCGCGGCCGCGCGCGGCCCGCGCGUCUGUCAAGAUGGAGCUCAUCAUGCCCGAGAAGGACUUCCUCAUCGCGCCCUCCAUCUUGUCGGCGGACUUUGCGAAGCUCGGCGCCGAGGUCGACGCGUCGCUCGCGGCCGGCGCGGACGUCGUGCACUUUGAUGUGAUGGACAACCACUACGUGCCCAAUUUAACGAUCGGCCCCAUGGUCUGCUCGGCCCUGCGCAAGCACGGCGUCACGGCGCCGAUUGAUGUCCACCUCAUGGUGUCGCCCGUCGACCGCAUCGUCCAGGACUUCGCGGACGCCGGGGCCUCGUACAUCACGUUCCACCCGGAGGCGUCGCCCCAUGCAGGAUGCGGCGUCCGUUGUUCAACGUCGCGUCGAUGGCGUAGGGGGCCGGGCACGCCAUCAACGCGAAAAAACACAGGUCGACCGCACGCUCCAGCUCAUCCGCUCGACGGGCUGCAAGUCCGGCCUCGUCUUCAACCCCGCGACGCCCCUCGACAUCCUCAAGUACGUCAUGGACAAGGUCGACAUUAUUCUGCUGAUGUCCGUGAACCCGGGCUUCGGCGGCCAGGCCUUCAUCCCGGCGACGCUCGACAAGGCGCGCGAGGCGCGGAAGAUGAUCGACGAGUCCGGCUACGACAUCCGCCUCGAGAUCGACGGCGGCGUCUCCGGCGCGAACAUCAAGGAGGUCGCCGAGGCGGGCGUCGACAUGUUCGUCGCCGGCUCGGCCAUCUUCCGCGACCCCCGGACCGAGGAGGCCUACAAAAAGACGAUCGACGCCAUGCGCGACGAGCUCGCGGCGGCCAAGGUGCCGGCGAACAAGGUCGCGGCCUAGGUUUGUUUCCUUCGUCGUGGUAACUUCUGGUUUCGUGU